AAGCAACUGAUAUCUUUUAUGAUAAGGAUACUGUAACUUUAACUUUUCAAAAAGAAAUUAUUGCUGGUACAAAAGCUGCCUUGCAUAUUGAAUUUACUGGUAUUUUGAAUGACAAAAUGACCGGAUUUUAUCGUUCUAGUUAUGUUGAUGAAUCUGGAAAUAAAAGAUAUUUGGCGACUACCCAAUUUCAAGCAACCUAUGCUCGUCAUGCUUUCCCUUGUUGGGAUGAGCCAGCAAUCAAGGCUACUUUUGAUAUAACAUUAAUUGUUCCUUCAGAAUUGACUGCCUUGAGCAAUAUGAACGUUAUUUCAGAAAAGCCUCUUGCUAAUGGUAAAAAAGAAGUCGUGUUUGCUAAAACUCCAAUAAUGAGCACAUAUUUGCUUGCAUUCAUUGUUGGCGAUCUCGCUUAUAUCGAGAAAAAAACUAAUGGAGUAAAGAAUGCUGGAAACCCUGUUCAGAUCAGAAUUUAUGCUACUCGAGGCAAUGAAAAAAAUGGUGAAUUUGCAUUAAAUGUUGCAGUUGAUGUUUUAGAAUAUUUUGCUGGAGUGUUUGAUAUCCCAUAUCCAUUACCAAAGUUGGAUAUGGUUGCUAUUCCUGAUUUUGAAGCUGGUGCUAUGGAGAAUUGGGGUUUGAUUACAUACCGUACUACUGCUAUAUUGUUUGAUCCAAAAAAAUCUAAUGUAAAAUUUAAACGACGAAUUAGUUAUACAGUUUCUCACGAAUUAGCUCAUCAGUGGUUCGGAAAUCUUGUAACCAUGGAAUGGUGGGAUCAUCUUUGGCUUAAUGAAGGAUUUGCUACUUGGGUUGGAUAUUUUGCUAUUGAUAAAGUCUUUCCUGAUUGGGAUAUUUGGACACAAUUUGUAACUGAAAGAUUUCAAAGUGGUCUUCAGCUUGAUUCUUUAAAAUCUUCACAUCCUAUUGAAGUUCCUGUUAAUAAUCCUAGUGAAAUUCAUCAAAUAUUUGACGCAAUCAGUUAUAACAAAGGCGCCUCUGUAAUUCGUAUGUUAAGUGAUCAUUUAGGCGAAAACAUUUUCUUGUCUGGAGUUAGAAAAUAUUUGAAAAGUCAUGAAUACGGUAAUGCAAGUACUGAUGAUUUGUGGAAAGCAUUAUCAGAAGAAAGUGGUAUUGAUGUUGGUAAAUUCAUGACUGGAUGGACUAGAGUAGUUGGUUAUCCGGUUUUGUUUGUUGAUGAACCACUUCCAAAUAAAAUACAUAUACGUCAAACUCGGUUUCUUUCAACAGGAGUUGCUUCAUCAGAAGAUGACACUACUAUUUGGUGGGUACCUCUUGGUAUUGAUCUUGGUUCUACCGGAAAUAUUGAUCUUAGAGCAAAGAUUCUUACAUCCAAAGAGGCUACAAUAGACCUACCAUCAGCAAUGUCCGAAUUUUUACAAUUAAAUGCUAAUGAAACCGGUGUAUAUCGUGUUGCAUAUACACCUGAACGUUUAAAAAAAUUGGGUGAAGCUGUUGAAAACGGGUUACUUAGCACCAGUGAUCGAAUUGGAUUGAUAGCUGAUAAUGGUGCCUUGUCAAUGAGCGGAUACAUUAAAACAAGCAGUUUGUUAAGCUUCUUGAAAGGCUUUGAUAAUGAAGAUAAAUACAUUGUAUGGUGUGAAAUUAGUACUCGAAUUUGGAAUUUGCUUCAUGCUUGGUUCGAACAACCUGAUUCGAUUUAUGAGGCUUUAUUGUCAUUUAGACGUCAAUUAAUAUCAAAAUUAGUUAAUACAGUAACUUGGGAAUUUUCUGAAGAUGAAGAUUAUUUAACAACUAUGUUUCGUACUUUUAUAAUUGAAUAUGCUGGCAAGUCAGGUUGUCCGGAAAUUGUUAAAGAAGCUCGUCGAAGAUUUGAUUUAUUGACUAAACAUAACGAUGAAUCAGCCAUACAUCCAAAUAUACGUGGAGCAGUUUUUAGUAUUGUAUUGAAAUAUGGUGGUGGCGAAGAAGAGUUUAAUGCCAUAAUUGACAUUUAUCGUAAAACAACAAUCCCAGAUCAAAAAAUUCUCGUUUUGGUGAGUCUUGGACAUGCAGGGCAACCCGAAUUGAUUCAACGUGCCUUGGACUUUGCUAUUUCUGAUGAAGUUAAAGAACAAGAUAUCGUUCAUUCGUUUUCAGGAUAUGCAAAAUCAUUUGUUCUCUUUGGAAAUGUCAUAAAAGUUUGUACCUCAUAUUUUGCAUCUGAAGAAGAUAUAAAGGAUAUCGAAUCAUUUUUCAAAGAUAAAGAUUGCAAAAAUUUUGCUAGACCUUUGCAGCAAAGUUUGGAAAGUAUUAGAAUCAAUGCUGCUUGGGUAAAUCGUGAUGCUGACGAUGUCAAACAAUGGUUAAAAGAAAACAAAUAUUUGGAAUAA